UGGAAAACGCAAAUUUGCUCACAGUUAUCCUCUUCCCAAGUUUCAGAUCUAAAAGCAAGCCUUGUCUAAGCCUCCAUUUUCCACCACUGUUAGAUUCAUAUCCAUAUGGCCGGCGAAAUGUCCGCCGGCGAUCGAAAUUCCGAUGAUCCCAGAACCCCACUCCUGCAUGUUGACGGUCCGGUCGAACCGUCAUCGAGCUCACCCUUUUCUCUCAAAUCCUUGGUCACACUUAAAGCAUUCUAUGUCCUGUUAGGACCAAUAUUGUGUGCCAUCGUCUGUCUUUUUGUCAAGUUCGAUGGCCCGGUUACUAGCCGGAACAUGCUGGCGGUUCUAGCCUGGGUGUUUUCGUGGUGGCUCACCGAGGCCGUGCCGAUGCCGAUCACCUCGAUGGCGCCUCUGUUCUUGUUCCCUCUCUUCGGAAUAUCGUCUGCAGAUGGUGUUGCACAUUCUUAUAUGGACGAUGUGAUUACCCUGGUUCUGGGUAGCUUCAUACUUGUUCUCGCCGUUGAACGUUACAAUAUUCAUCGAAGAUUGGCCUUAAAUAUCACAUCACGAUUCUGCGGGGAACCGGUUAAUCCGCCUCUGCUCCUACUCGGCAUUUGCGCCACCACAUUCUUCGUCAGCAUGUGGAUGCACAACGUGGCAUGCGCCGUCAUGAUGAUGCCGGUGGCCACCGGGAUUUUACAGCGGCUCCCGAUUAGUUCUACUCGAUCAAACCAUAUCCAAAACUUUUGUCGGGCUGUCAUCCUCGGCGUCACGUACGCAGCCCCCAUCGGCGGGAUGAGCACGCUCACCGGAACGGGUGUCACCUUGAUAUUGGUGGCCAUGUACAAGGGGUCCUAUCCGGAUGCCGAUCCCAUAGGUUACAACACGUGGUUCUUCUUCGGUUUCCCAUUGGCCGUAUUGAUUUUCAUAGCCUUGUGGGCGAUUCUCUGUCUGCUGUAUCUACGAAGGGGCUCUAGCCAGGCCCUCGCCCCAUACUUGGACCGAGCCCACCUCAAGAGAGAACUCGACCAAUUAGGUCCGAUGGCUUUUGCUGAGAAGAUGGUUUUAGCUGUAUUUGGGAUGAUGGUAGCUUUGUGGAUGACCAGAAGCAUAACAGAAGACAUUCCGGGAUGGGGAGCUCUAUUCUCUGGCCGUGCAGGCGAUGGAACAGUCAGUGUUCUCAUGGCUACACUUUUGUUCGUAAUCCCGAACAAGAAGCAAAAGGGAGAGGCAUUGAUGGACUGGAACGAAUGCAAGAAGCUACCAUGGAACAUUAUUUUGUUGUUAGGAGCCGGUUUCGCUAUAGCCGAUGGCGUCCAGUCCAGUGGACUUGCCGAUGUCUUAUCGGGAACUCUAGAUUUCCUCGAAGCGGUUCCGUAUUUAGCUAUUGCCCCCGCAGUGUGUGCGAUCUGCGCCGUAAUCACCGAGUUCAUAACGUCGAACGAUGCGACCGCGACCCUCGUGCUUCCACUCCUGAUUCAAAUGGCCAAAACCAUGCAUGUCCAUCCGUUGCUCCUUAUGAUUCCUGGCGCAGUCGGGUCACAGUUCGCUUUCAUGCUUCCGACUGCAACUCCAUCGAACGUCGUCGGAUUCACCACGGGGCAUAUAGACAUUCCAAAUAUGGUCAAGACGGGAAUACCACUCAAGAUUGUCGGCACUGUAAUUUUAUCGAUAUUAAUGCCUACGCUCGGAGCUUUUGUUUUUGGGACAAACCGAGGAGUCCGAUAGGUGCAAUGGAAAGCAUGAUAUGUAUAUAGGUUCAUCACAAGCUGUAUAUCAACGUGAGAAUGAUGUUGCAACAAAGUCAUUAGCUAUGCCAAGAGGUGUGAGAGGAUAAUUCCCUUUGCCCUCUCAUCUUGUUGUAUAUGUAAUUCAUUUGUAUUUAAAAAUUUUAGAGGGAUCGUAGUAGAAAAAGCUGCUGUUUUUUUUUUAGA